GGUGGGCAACACCUUCCUGUUCUCGAGACAAAUUGUGGUCGGACUCUGGCGUGUGCAGGGGUCGGGAGCUGCCUCACGCAAUGCUCCCAACACUACCCCAUGAAGUUGCCACUUCAGUGGUGGCAUCGUGCUCCUGCUGCCAUCUGAGCCCGGUGACAGCAAAGGGACAAGGCGAUGCCUGAGCUACGCGGGGGACUGUAGACCGGGAGCUACCGACUGGGUGCUGCGAGCUGGAGGCUGCGGACCGGGGUCUGCGGACCCUGGGCUAAGAGCUGGCAAACGGAGUGUGCGGACCGAAGCUGUAAACCGUGGCCGGGGGCCAGCAGCGCAACGCGGGCCCGGCGGGUCUGCCCACCUCCUCGGGGGUCCGCACCGGGGCGGUCUGCCCCUCCCUCUCUCCCUCCCGCGGCCGGGGCGGGGCGCGGCUGGCGGCGGAGCCCGGCCCCGUGGCGGCGGCGGCUAGCGGCUCUCACACCCCCCACCCCCCACCACACACACCCCUCCUCCGCCCCCCGCCCCGCCGCCGCCUCCGCCCCCCGCCCCGUGACUCGGCUGCCUCCCGCGGGCGGCGGCGGCUGCCGGGCGGUGUCGUGCGGCCCCCCGCGCCCGUGCGGGGACUAUGAAGCACCAUGGUGUGGUGUGACCGUGGCGUCCAGAUGCUGCUGACCACGGUGGGAGCUUUCGCCGCCUUCAGCCUCAUGGCCAUCGCCAUCGGUACCGAUUACUGGCUCUACUCCAGCGCCCACAUCUGCAACGGCACCAACAUCACGACGGACGAGGCGCAGGGGCCACCGCGGCGGGCUCGGGGCGACCUCACGCACUCGGGGCUCUGGAGGAUUUGCUGCCUCGAAGGAAUCUACAAAGGACAUUGCUUCCGAAUCAACCACUUCCCUGAAGACAAUGACUAUGACCAUGACAGCUCAGAAUACCUUCUCCGCAUUGUUCGUGCCUCCAGUGUAUUCCCCAUCCUAAGCACAAUCCUGCUGCUGCUGGGAGGACUCUGUGUUGGAGCAGGAAGGAUUUACAACAGCAAAAACAACAUUAUUCUCAGUGCUGGGAUUCUCUUUGUGGCAGCAGGGCUAAGUAAUAUCAUAGGGAUCAUUGUCUACAUAUCAAGCAAUGCAGGUGACCCAAGUGACAAGCGAGACGAGGACAAAAAGAACCAUUACAACUACGGCUGGUCCUUUUAUUUUGGAGCCUUGUCUUUUAUUGUGGCCGAAACCAUAGGCGUCCUGGCUGUGAACAUUUACAUUGAGAAGAACAAAGAGCUGAGGUUUAAGACCAAGAGGGAAUUCCUUAAGACUUCUUCCAGUUCUCCUUAUGCCAGGAUGCCAAGCUACAGGUACAGGAGGCGGCGGUCCAGAUCCAGUUCUCGGUCUACGGAGCCCUCUCCAUCUAGAGACAUUUCUCCGGUUGGCAUGAAGAUAGCAAGCACCAUCCCCAUGAACGAGAUUUCCAUGUACACCCUUUCCAGAGAGCCUUUGAAGGUUACGACUGCUGCCAGCUACAACGCAGACCAAGAAGCCAGUUUUCUGCAGGUUCACAACUUCCUUCAGAAGGAGUUUAAGGAAGGACUCCACGUCAACAUGGUGAACAGGAGGACGACACCCGUUUGAAGCACCUCCCUUCCUCCCGCUUGUCGAAGAGAUAGCAGCGCAGAACGGAUCUGUCACGGGAGAGAAGGAGCGAUGUCAAAAUACCCUCUCACCUCUUUAACUGUGGCAUGUGUUGAGGUAGCAAGUGGAGAUCCUCUGGACCAACAUAAAGAUAUUCCCACGCCCAUAGCUUUCUUGGAAGCUAUUUGGAGUUUGUUUCUUUCAGUUCUUGAUGUCACGAGAUGAAGGCGGUUCGUGUUCCUGCACUUCUGUAGUGUGUGCAAAGUCUUGGAGAAACUGCAAAGAACUUGCCACCAGUGUGUUUUAAAGGAUUACAGAGAAAUUUGUUGUAUGACUUCUUUGGGGGGUUUUUUUCUUCUUUUUUUUUUUUUCCUCCCCCUAGUUUUGAGAUCCCUUACGACAGACUUGCAGACCUAAUUUGUAACCAAGCCCAAGGACGAAUCUGAACGACUCAUCGAGCGAGCCGCUUUCCCUUGACACAGCAUAAGCUUUGCCUCUUUCAGAAGGAAAAACAAAAGGAAAAAGAAGAUAUUUUUGAAGGCAACACUUUCUAAAGCUGACCUGUGCUAUGGAAACCACAGAGCACCCACGUACUUACAGACUCCCUGAUGGGGUGGUAAGAGGGUCUGCUGCUUCUGGGCGCAAGGCGGCAACGCAGGUCAGGGAGAUGAGGGUGGGUGCGUCUUGGAGCACCUAGGAAGGGAAAGAUUGAAGUAGGUGGGACUUGAGCAUAUUUGCAACUAUCAUUUCUUGCCUAACAUUUAGAAAACUUGAAUUCUCAUCUCGACUAGCCCUAGUGCCUGAUCCGGCAAGGUGCUGAGUGCUGUCCGCCAGGAGCCCCUCUAGACUGCUUACAGCGAGAGCGAGACGCGGAGCGGAGCCGGGGUGGCUCGUGCAGGCGACGCCACCGCUUCCCUGCGACCGCAUUCCUGAGUUCCUUACUGCUUCACAAGUGCAACACUAACGCUUCUGGAAACUAAGCUAGCUAAGCAAUGGGCCUGAGAAGAGGAGAAGCUGACGCAUUCGGACUAGCCAACCUUCCCUUCCUGCAGCGGUGGGAGCUGGGUGGUGAAAGAGGAGCGGAUGCCAACUUUGUAUUUCUUAAGAGAGAACGAACAAGCAGAACCAACCAAAACCAAAAGAAAACAAUCACCGCUUAGGAGAUAUUUAUUAAACUCUUUUGAUGCUGAAUAAGUGCCGCAUGGUGCAAGGCAGAGUUGCUCUUUGGUGGAAACGAAGGUUCCAUCUAAGUUAAUUUAUUUUGUGACGGUGAAGCUACUUCUGUGCAGAGAGCCCACAGAAAACUCUAUGCAUCACCUGAGGGGGGGCCCACUUUGUGCUCUUGGCUUCUCUAUCUUUCUGAAACAGCUGAAGUAUUUUUUUUCCUCUUAUCAAUUCCUGCUUGCUUUCUUUUCCUUUCCUUUUGUUUCCUUUUGUUUUGUUGGUUUGGUUUGGUUUUUUUUUACACUUAGGCUUGGAAUCUCAAAGCUCAAGGGCCUGACUUGAAGGUGAUUUAAUUUAAUAGUAACUCGGGUUGAUUUUUGUGACCACUAGACCAAGCCAUAUGAGAAGGAGGUGCCCAGCUCCCCCACGGAUAAAUUAGGUGCGGUGAGAGAGGAGCACCUAAUUCCUGUCGAUUCCUUUUGAAUAUGCCUGCCAUCUUUACCCAAAAGAUCUUUGCUACCAGAAGACUAUAGAGAAAUGGCGACAAGGAAAAAGUCCUGAUUUGGAAAGCUUGGCUCACUGGUGGUGGGAGACCUCAGCCAAACUGUUAAAACCUCUUUAGUCUUAAUUAAUCCUGCGAUGGCCACAGUGUCGGUAACUCGGUGGUGUUUGGAUACGAGGCUUUCAGCUAGUGGAACCAAGUCCUCCAGGGAAAUCCCAGAGGAGCUGCCUUAACAUCCCUAAAAGCAAGUCAAACCCCCUUUUUUCCCCCAGGUAGGACCUUGCUUAAGCCUCUCUCCCUGCAGGAACCAAGACACAAAGGUCAAUUUUAAGUGGAAGUCUUCCCCUAGUCACUGUUAAGCUCUGUCCAGCCCUCAGCCCGGUAGAGCGAUGGGUUGGAGCCUUCCUAUCCCUUCUUGUUAAGAGUUUCCAUUCAGGUUAAAACUCUGCUGGGAUCCUUUUUCAAACCUCUGAACUCUGAGAGCUAAAGCGAACGGAGCGAUGGGAGCGGUGUGAAAGUAGAAAAUGUUGUGCUACUUUCUGUAUCAACACACUACGGAGAGAGAUGUUACACAAGCUUUUUAACACAAAAGCAAUUCAAACAGAGGCAGACAAGAAAACUUUUUUUACCUACUUUGGGGCGAGAAGAGCAUUAAAAAGAGUUCAAAAAUGAUUAAAGUUCUCGGUGAAAGGUUUUUUUUACAAGAAUCUUUAUGCUUUCAGACAAUAAAUUAUUUCCUACUUUUUGAGACUUCGUAAUAUUAAAAUACUUUGAUUAGCUCUGGUAGAAGUAGAAGUUUGCAAUGAAAAAAAAACAAACAAAAAAAAAAAAAACCUACAACCAACAACCACACACACACACACACACAAAUAAAAACCCAACCCCAAAUCCCAACCAACUACAACCUUCUGUCUCAUUAGUGUGUCAUACUAAGUGCUAAUUAAUUUACAUCUAAUUAUAGUCGAUGUAUUUUUCAAGUGCAAUUUCCCAGAACUAUUUGUUUCCCACUGUGUUAAUAAACUAAUAGUUAGAAAUAAGUCCUCAUCCGUGUUUACUGUAAUUAAGAAUAAAACUGUUCCCUUUAAACCCAG